CGCGGCCGCCAUGUUGUUGUGGAGCUGAGGCGGCGCCGGAGGAGCCCAGCGGCCGUGACAGGCUGCGCAACAGGUUCGCCACGGGCGGCGGAGCAGGAUCUCCCGGCGCCCGGCCGCGCCCGCGCUGCGGGUGCUGAGGAGCGCGGGAUCGCGCGGUGACGUGCGCGAGGCUCCAGAUGGCUGAGAGCUAGCAAGAAAAAAAUCAGGAUCAUGAUGGCUCAGUUUCCCACAGUUAUGAAUGGAGGGCCAAAUAUGUGGGCGAUUACCUCUGAAGAACGCACUAAGCAUGACAAACAGUUUGAUAAUCUAAAGCCUUCAGGAGGAUACAUAACAGGCGAUCAGGCCCGUACUUUUUUCUUACAGUCAGGUCUGCCAGCUCCUGUUUUAGCUGAAAUAUGGGCCUUAUCAGAUCUGAACAAGGAUGGGAAGAUGGAUCAUCAAGAGUUCUCCAUAGCUAUGAAGCUCAUCAAAUUAAAGCUUCAAGGCCAACAGUUGCCCGUGGUUCUCCCUCCUAUCAUGAAACAACCCCCUGUGUUCUCUCCACUAAUCUCCGCUCGUUUUGGGAUGGGAAGCAUGCCCAAUCUGUCCAUUCCUCAGUCAUUGCCUCCAGUUGCACCCAUAACAACACCCUUGUCUUCUGCAACUUCAGGGACCAGUAUUCCUCCCUUAGUGAUGCCUGCUCCCCUAGUGCCUUCUGUUAGUACAUCAUCAUUACCAAAUGGAGCCGCCAGUCUUGUUCAGCCUUUAUCCAUUCCUUAUUCUUCGUCAACAUUGCCUCAUACAUCAUCUUACAGUCUGAUGAUGGGAGGAUUUGGUGGUGCUAGUAUACAGAAGGCCCAGUCUCUAAUUGAUUUAGGAUCUAGUAGCUCAACUUCCUCAACUGCUUCACUCCCAGGGAACUCGCCCAAGACUGGGACCUCAGAGUGGGCAGUUCCUCAGCCUUCAAGAUUAAAGUAUCGGCAAAAAUUUAAUAGUCUAGACAAAAGCAUGAGUGGAUACCUCUCAGGUUUUCAAGCUAGAAAUGCCCUUCUUCAGUCAAAUCUUUCUCAAACUCAGCUAGCUACUAUUUGGACUCUGGCUGACAUUGAUGGUGAUGGACAACUAAAAGCUGAAGAGUUUAUCCUUGCAAUGCACCUCACUGACAUGGCCAAAGCUGGACAGCCAUUACCACUGACUUUACCUCCUGAGCUUGUCCCUCCAUCUUUCAGAGGAGGAAAGCAAAUUGAUUCCAUUAAUGGAACUCUGCCUUCAUAUCAGAAAACACAAGAAGAAGAACCUCAGAAGAAAUUACCAGUCACUUUUGAGGACAAACGAAAAGCCAACUAUGAACGAGGAAACAUGGAACUAGAGAAGCGACGCCAAGCCUUGAUAGAGCAGCAGCAGAGGGAGGCGGAGCGCAAAGCCCAGAAAGAGAAGGAAGAGUGGGAGCGAAAACAGAGAGAAAUACAAGAACAAGAGUGGAAGAAGCAACUUGAACUGGAGAAGCGCUUGGAGAAACAGAGGGAACUGGAGAGACAGCGGGAAGAAGAAAGGAGAAAAGAGAUAGAGAGACGAGAGGCAGCAAAACAGGAGCUUGAAAGACAACGUCGAUUAGAAUGGGAAAGAAUUCGUCGACAGGAGCUUCUCAAUCAAAAGAAUAGAGAGCAAGAAGAAAUUGUCAGGCUAAACUCUAAAAAGAAGAGUCUCCAUCUUGAGUUGGAAGCACUGAGUGGCAAACAUCAGCAGAUCUCAGGCAGACUUCAAGAUGUCCGACUCAGAAAACAAACACAAAAGACUGAGCUGGAAGUUCUGGAUAAGCAGUGUGACCUGGAAAUUAUGGAAAUUAAGCAGCUUCAACAAGAACUUCAAGAAUAUCAAAAUAAGCUUAUCUAUUUGGUACCUGAAAAGCAACUAUUAAAUGAAAGAAUUAAAAAUAUGCAGCUAAAUAACACACCUGAUUCAGGGAUCAGUUUACUUCGUAAAAAAUCAUUGGAAAAGGAAGAAUUAUGCCAAAGACUUAAAGAACAAUUAGAUGCUCUUGAAAAAGAAACUGCAUCUAAGCUUUCUGAAAUGGAUUCAUUUAAUAAUCAGUUGAAGUGUGGGAAUAUGGAUGACUCUGUUCUUCAGUGCCUUUUGUCUCUGCUAAGCUGUCUCAACAACCUCUUCCUCUUACUUAAGGAAUUGAGAGAAAGUUAUAAUACACAGCAGUUAGCCAUCGAACAACUUCAUAAGAUCAAACGUGACAAAUUGAAGGAAAUUGAAAGAAAGAGAUUAGAGCAAAUACAGAAAAAGAAGUUAGAAGAUGAGGCUGCAAGGAAAGCAAAGCAAGGAAAAGAAAACUUGUGGAGAGAAAGUAUUAGAAAGGAGGAAGAAGAAAAACAGAAGAGACUUCAGGAAGAAAAGUCACAAGAGAAAAUUCAAGAAGAGGAACAAAAAACUGAGGCCAAACAAAGUACUGAUAAAGGUGAUACAGCUAGUGCUUUGGUGAAUUAUAAAGCUUUAUACCCCUUUGAAGCAAGGAGCCAUGAUGAGAUGAGUUUUAAUUCUGGGGAUAUAAUUCAGGUUGACGAAAAAACUGUAGGAGAACCUGGUUGGCUUUAUGGUAGUUUUCAAGGAAAGUUUGGCUGGUUUCCGUGCAACUAUGUAGAAAAAAUGCCAUCAAGUGAAAAAGCUUUGUCUCCUAAGAAGGCCUUACUUCCUCCUACAGUAUCUUUAUCUGCUACCUCAACUUCUUUGGAACCACUUUCUUCAAAUCAACCAGCAUCAGCAACUGAUUAUCAAAAUGUAUCUUUCUCAAACCUAACUGUUAAUACAUCAUGGCAGAAAAAAUCAGCUUUUACUCGCACUGUGUCCCCUGGAUCUAUAUCACCUAUCCAUGGACAGGGACAGGUCGUAGAGAACCUGAAAGCACAGGCCCUUUGCUCCUGGACUGCGAAGAAAGAUAACCACUUGAACUUCUCAAAACAUGAUGUUAUUACUGUCUUGGAGCAGCAAGAAAAUUGGUGGUUUGGGGAGGUUCAUGGAGGAAGAGGAUGGUUCCCAAAAUCUUAUGUCAAGAUCAUUCCUGGGAGUGAAGUAAAGCGGGAAGAACCAGAAGCUUUGUAUGCAGCUGUAAAUAAGAAAACUACCUCCACAGCCUAUCCAGUUGGAGAAGAAUAUAUUGCACUUUAUCCAUACUCAAGUGUAGAGCCUGGAGAUUUGACUUUCACAGGAGGUGAAGAAAUAUUGGUGACUCAGAAAGAUGGAGAAUGGUGGACAGGAAGCAUUGGAGAUAGAACUGGAAUUUUCCCAUCAAACUAUGUCAAACCAAAAGAUCAAGAGAAUUUUGGGAAUGCUAGCAAAUCUGGAACAGCAAACAAAAAACCUGAGAUUGCUCAAGUCACUUCAGCAUAUGUUGCCUCUGGUGCUGAACAGCUUAGCCUUGCACCAGGGCAGUUAAUAUUAAUCCUAAAGAAAAAUGCAAGUGGGUGGUGGCAAGGAGAGUUACAGGCCAGGGGGAAAAAGCGACAAAAGGGAUGGUUUCCUGCCAGUCAUGUAAAACUUCUGGGCCCAAGUAGUGAAAGAACCACACCCGCCUUUCAUGCUGUAUGUCAGGUGAUCGCUAUGUACGACUACAUGGCAAACAAUGAGGAUGAGCUAAGUUUCUCCAAGGGACAACUGAUUAAUGUUACGAAUAAAGAUGAUCCUGACUGGUGGCAAGGAGAAAUCAAUGGGGUGACUGGUCUCUUUCCUUCAAACUACGUUAAGAUGACAACAGACUCAGAUCCAAGUCAACAGUGACCCAAUGUUGUCUUCCAGUUGUGAAAGCACCCCAGAGACCCACUAUCCAAGUUUGACUCUAGCGUGGAGGCAGGGCAGGCAGCCCUGAUCAAAUAUCUCCUACACAAUUCGUUUACUUCGUUUGAAUGUUAGAGCCACUUGUGAUUAUUUCUUUGUGUUUCUAAUUUACAGUUAAAAUUUACUUGUAACAAGUUCAAGGAUAGUGGGUCUUUGUGUGGCUUUCCCUGCUGUUCACUCUGGCAUCCUUUAGCAUUUUUCUUCUUUUUUUAUUUGACAAUUGUAGGUCAUUAGCAUGCAUAUUCAGUUUGCCCUUACAUGGUGGGAGUACAAACACACAAAGACCCACUAUUUGCACAAACUGUUCUCUCUAGUUUAGAAUGGGCUGCCAUGCUUUUCUAAUGUUAUUGCAAAAUGUAUAUUCAUUACAGAAUUCAGAUGAUGUUUGCUUAUGUUCUGCUGUUAUAUUUGAUCUAAUCCUAAUCACAAGAGCUCAUAAUUGACUCAGUCUGUGAUUUGCCCUCAAAUAUGCUAUUUUAUCACUUUCUAAUGUGCCACUAUGAGUACCAAUUGUUAGGUUUAAGACUGGGAACCGGAAGUAGCCUUUUCUAUAUUUUUUCUGUGUAAUCUGAAUGGGAGCAAUAACAUUUGGGGGAACUUUCCUUACCUCACAGCAGAGGAAAGUGAUGUACUCCGAGUGUGUGCAGAGUGGGAUAUGUUUAGUCUGUCUCAACUGCCCAAAAAUGAGCAUGACUUUGGAAGUUCCUUUAGGAUAUUAUGUGCUAUAGGCUACAGAUCCUGUGUUCCAGCAGUUAGUUCUUACUGCUUUAUUGAUUACCUAAACAUGGACCAUUUUCAGGAAUGGAAAGCUCCCAUCAUUAACUGAGGGAUAGGAAACCUUCCCUAGCUUAGAGCACUUACAUCUAUAAUAUAUUUAGAGUCAGAAUUCAUGCUAUUCAUAGUCAGAUGAUUGUAUUCCCUCAUAUAUAAAAUGAAACUGUUGGCAUUCAUAAUAUAUUUAGUAAAAACCAUAAGGACUCCUAGGAGAGUUUAUAGCAGACCAUAAACAGGCAUGCAGGCUCUAGCCAAGGACUCAUAGUAGGGAGGGUGCAGGAGACCUGGUAUUCCUCCAUGUCCACAAAGCUUCUUUGAGGCUGGAAGAUUGAUGUUACAUCCACACUUUCCUGGCUAAUAUUAUUCUUCACCCACAUUGGCUACUUUGCCAUAGGAUUGUACUUUUUUCCUUGGAUGGAAAGCACUUUAAACAUGACAGAUAUUACUAUAAACUAAUAUAUGUGCGAGCACUUAGCUGAAAGGAGUUUUAAUAGUAUUAAACUGUAUUUGAAAAUCAAUAAGAAGUUUAUGCAAUUUAAAAUGUUUACAAGCUGCAGUGCAAUCUGUUGUUUGUGAAAUGUCUGAGUAUUAUCAGGAUAAGUGUACAUACAAUCACAGAGUCUUACUUCCUCACAGAGUUCUUUAAGAAAAGUGGAAUAUGCUUUUUACCUCUCAUUUUACUUUAAAGGCAUACUUUGUGCAAUAUUUAUGUUAAUGUGCCUAUAUAUUAUGAAUAAAUUAUUACACUCAUAUGUUGCCUAAAUCAUGACUUGAGAAAGAACCAACAGUUUAGUUACAACUUUACAAAGUUCAAAUGUCUAUAUUGAAAACAUUUCACACUCUUGGGGUGUUGGGAGAUAUGUAGUGUGCUCCCUAGGGUGGGGAUUUCUAUUAGAGUUCUUAGGCCACCUCCAUUUUUAGCAUUUGGCAUCAUCAUGAUAUUUUAUAAGACAUUUAUAGGAAAGCAAUAAUACUAUUUUACAGAUGGAAUAACAGAAUUGCCUGCAGUCGCUAAGAGAGACAGUGCAAAGACUGAUGCCUGUUUCAAAAUUGACUUCCAUAGUAUAUAGAUUACCUUAUCUUGCUUUUUAUCUCCUCAGCAUUCUGCUUUUACACCCUUGAGUUGAGUUCAGUGUGAGGACUGCUACUUUGUAUACUGAGGUUAGAAAUCAGAGCACUGUUAAUUAGCCACAUUAUUUCAUAUAGCAUUUUUUUUCUUUGUAACUUUUAUUUGGGACUUAGCUACUAUACUAAUAAAUUAUUUUUAAAGUAUUUUUAUAGAUCAAAUCACUUUUACACUGAUAAAAGUAUAUUAUUAGAAAUGUCAUUCAAGUUGAGAUUAGUAUGGAUAAUCAAUCUGAAAACAAUGUGUUCAUCAGAUACCUAUGGAUUAAGUCACACACUGGCCCAAUAUUCAAGCUAAAUGUCAGUCUAGAAAAUAAAGUUACUAUGUUAACUGAAAUACUACUCUGUGGAGUAUGUCAUCGUAUAUUUGAUAGAAAGCUGGUAAGGAACCUCACAUAUAAAUCUAUGUGCAUGCAAUCAUUGCAAUACCUCAUUCAGCCAUAUAUUUGUUCCCUUUUAAUUCACUAUAAGGCAACUUUCUAUGCUUAGAAAGAGCUUAUUAGAAACAUGUAAUUUUAAAAUUUAAAUAAAUUUGAACCUUGUAGGAAAUAAUGAAUUAAAAAUACCUGUUUAAGAUUGCAGUAUGUGGUAGGUAUUUCUAAUGCAUGCAGUUGAACUUGAUGGAAUUUCCAACAAUGAAAAAAAAUCUGUUUGAAGCCCAAACUAAUUUUAGAAAAUUUGAAAACUAAAAGUCAACCUUAUCAAUUAUAUAGUUUCUCUGAAACUUUGAGUCAUUUUGAAAUAAUACAAGUAUUUAGAACCAUAACUGCUAUUUUACUUUUUUAAAUACAAAAAGUAUUCAAAAAUACUGGUAGUUCAAAAGAAAGAAACUGGGGAAGGGAAAUGCAGAGAAAGAAAUGCCAACUCCAGUCCAAAAUUUUAUUUGCCAAGUUUUCUUAGAAUGAGUUUUACCGGGUUCUGAAUUCUUGUAAAUAAAAUCUCUAAUGGGAAUACUGAGAGCUUCGCCUAAGUGGCAUUAUUGGAUGCUGCUGUGAUGCUACUGUGCCGUCAUAAGUUAUUCAGUUGUUGCAAAGUGAUGUAUUUGCCUUAAAUUUUGAUUUUUUUGUGUGUCUUGAAAACUAUAGUGUUAAAGGUAUUGAGAUCGUGCAAAUGCU